CCACUCUAUUCGAUCUUACUAUAAAUAAUGUGCAUGGAACGUCCACAUAUUCGUACCCAACCCCUACGUGGAAACUCACAGAUCGUGGUUGCUUGCAAUGGCGUGGGAGACCGGCUUUGACUCUCUUCCCGAAGACUGCAUCUCUAACGCUCUGUCCCUCACUACCCCCGAAGACGCUUGCCGCCUCUCGCUGACUGCGCCCACCUUCCGCUCCGCCGCCAUUUCCGACGCCGUCUGGGAGCGUUUCCUCCCACCGGAUUACCGUGACAUCAUUUCUCGGUCUAGUAGCGCCGCCAAUUUGCUCGCUUCUGGUUCCAAGAGGGAUCUCUUCAUCCGCCUCUGCGAUCGCCCCGUCCUUAUAGACAAUGACACAAAGAGUUUUUCACUGGAGAAGAAGAGUGGGAAGAUAUGUUACAUGAUAGGUGCAAGGUCCCUUGAGAUUGUGUGGAGUGACACACCUAAAUAUUGGCAAUGGAUCUCUCACCCGCACUCCAGGUAUAAACUACUGCAUGUACAAAUGAUUUGACAUUUAUAGCGGAAAUACUUCUCCCGCUCUAUGAUUAAUUUCUCACUUUCAUUCUUAAAAUGCUCUAAAAUUAAGUUCCUGUAUACGGCGUAUCUUUUCGGUAAUAUUUGAGCGGUAAAGUAGUUUUCCAUCCUUAUGAAGAAAUAAACUCCCUAGUUAAUUACUAGUAUUAAUUUUCAUUAAUCAUAUUUAUCACAUAUACCGAAAUAUUUAGAUGUUCUUAUACUCUUUAUCUAUCAUAUUUAGCUUUGAUUAUUAUUUAUAAUCAAUCAAAUUUUCGUAGUAUGAUCCUGUGAGGCAAUUUUUUCACAUACGUACACAUCCAUUUCAAUAAAAAUACUCUCCUUUCUAAAAAUGAAAAUCUCAUUUUUUUUCAUUUGGAGGUGUUCGAGAUUAAAAUUUAUAUUUCCCCUUAGCUUUUGGCAUUUUUAUUACAUAAAUUUCAAAAUUUUAACCUUUUUAUUUUAAAUUUACAAAUUUAUCUUCACUGUUUUUUCUAGAGAAGGUAAAAGGCAAGAGUUAUGAAGUUAUCUAGGAAUUUUAACACAAAUAAUUUUCAAUCUGAUGACAUAAAGAGCAUGAGACUUCAAAUUUCGAACCAAGGAACUAUAUGUGAGAGAGAGAGAGAAAAUGUGUGUGUGUUAUCCUACGUAUGUAAUACUCCAUACUAAUUUAAAUAUUAUCAAUCAUAAUUAGCCUCACAUCGUUCAAGAUUUGUAAUUUGAAAUGAGGACUAUAUGUAGUGUAUAGGUAAUAGGAUCAUAUAAUCUGUAAUACAUGAUUGAUAAUCAUGUAAUACUCCAUAAAAGGGAAGCUUGUAUGAAGCUAAAUACUCUUUAGUCAAUCUAAAGUUUCACAUUAGUUCUUACACUGGUUUAUUGGGCGUGUUAUCUCAGAACCAAAUAAUCAAUAAAGAUUUUUUAUCCAAACCCCACAAAUUUUUGGUACAAGAUUAUAUGGUCCAUGCCAUCAAUCCAUAAUCAUUCCACAAAACCUUCUUCAUAGCCCCGGUGGUCAAUCUUUUAAUUUUCUUGAAUUCUCACUUUACCAAAAUUGCGAUUAUGUUACAAACCAAUUGCAAUUAUAUAGUGCCUUCUCUCCCAUGUGGUUCCCACAUUUGACACUUUUUUUUGUUAUAGAUCUAUAUUUUGACCAAUGAACAAUUUUGUCCAACGUGUUCAAGAAGCACAUUUUACUAAUAUUGUGUAGUAUACUUUAUAUACAUCUAUAGGAAUAUAUACUUUUAACAAUUAAAGAACAUUUUAAUGAGUGUUUAAGGAUAAGCGGUGCUCAUUAUUGGAACAUCUUAAAAGAAAGUGAUUUUUGAGCUCAUUGGGUAAAGGUAAAUAUGGCAUCAAUUGAUAAACUUAAUGGAGCUACUCAGAUUGUGCCAUAAUUAGAGUUUCAACAUAAUAAUGGAACAAAGGGUGUAUCUGUUGCUCUUCGAAUUUUGCGGAUUCUUCAGACUUCAGAGGGCACAUGCACAAAAAUAAAGUGGAUUUAGUUGUUUUCUCUUUAUGAAGUAGAAGAUACCUAUUAAGUCCUAUAACUUAUGUUGGUGGUCAUUAGUAAUUAUGUAGCUUCAUUGACUUGCAUGUCUCAUCAUGUAACUUACAAAUUUAUUCGUAUUAAGACUUUGCUACCAUUAGAAUGCCUAUCAGAACCGACAUGUAUUUAGAUGGAAUUUGCACAUUCCAACAAAAAGGUCAAAUAGAGGAACUUAUUAGUUACAUGACAUAAUCUGCAAGUGAGUAAAAGUAUAUGACUAAUAGGUACAUGCAUGACAAUGUGAGUUAAUUACAAGGUUAGCUGAAUCAACAAUUUUUUCUCGUACCUAUGCUCUUCAUGCUAUUACGUGUGCUUGGAAUUUUUCUUUCUUUCCUUCUUUCUUUCAAUGAACGAAUAGGUUCCCCGAAGUUGCGGAGCUUUUAAGCGUGUGCUGGCUUGAAAUACGUGGCAACAUAAAUAGUAGAUUGCUGUCUCCCGACACUAACUACGCAGCUUACCUUGUAUUCACAUUACAAGCAAGGACUUAUGGCUUAGAAUACCAAUCAGUUGUUGCUUCAACUGAGAUUAUUAGUAAUGGAUAUGAAGAAGCUAAAAAGAUGACUAUUUAUUUGGAUGCACGUGGAGAUGAGAGUGUUGCAACUUACCCGCCAAUAGUACCUCGGAUGAGGACAUUCAGUCGCGGGUCUGGUUAUAGAGUCAGACGGGAAGAGAUGAAUGCGGCCUUUCAAAAUGACCCUGCAAAGCUCCCGAAGAGUAGAAGAGAUGGAUGGAUGGAAGUGGAGUUGGGUGAGUUUUUUGUCAAGAAUGGACAAAGUGCAGAUAUUGUUAUUAGCUUAAUGGAGAUAAAUAGCCAGUGGAAAUGUGGUUUGAUUGUCGAAGGACUCGAAAUUAGGCCAAAGGAAUAGGAUUAGUAGUUGUAAUUCAUGUCAUAUGUGGAUUAUUAACUCUUGUAAUGCAAUUAAGUGCGGGAAAACUAGCCAACCAAGUCAUUGUAAAUAGGAGCGGAUGUAAUGGUAAGUGCAUCUAAUACUCUUUUUGAGUUUUGCUUUAAUUUGAGAAUACCACGUUUACCUUCCGACACAUUUUAUCAUGUGGUGAUUUAGGUUUAAUGUAAUAAAUGUUAUUUGGAUGAUGA